GGAAUCACCCAACAGAUAAAGCCAAAUCCUGAAAAGAGCGACAUCAUUUUAAUUUUCGAUCCACUUUCACAAAGAAAUCGAGAAAGCUUAGGGUUAGGGUUUCGAUUGAAAAAAUAACGCAGAAAUGCAACGAAAUUGUUGUCAUAUUUCAUUUGCUUUCAUUCUGAAAUUGCUAAAUUACCUUCAAGCAUUCAUAGGAGUAUCGAUAAUAAUAUACUCUUUAUGGAUGCUUGAUCAAUGGAAUCAUCAUGUCCCCAUUUAUCCUCCUGCUCCUUCAGCUCCUUCUCCAGAUAUUUCUUCUUCUCUUUAUAUUUUUCUAGAUGAUCAUCAUCAGGUCACCACUCCUUUCAAUCUCAUGGUUUCCGGGUUUGAUGACGAGUUAGGGUUUGGUUUGAAUGCAAUCAAGCUGCCCGCUCCCUGGUUCAUAUACUCUUUUAUGGGAGUGGGCAUUUUGUUGUGUUGCAUUACUUUGAUUGGUUGCAUUGCAGCUGAAGCAAUAAGUGGCUGUUGCCUUUGUUUUUAUGCUGUACUCAAAACCAUGUUCAUUCUACUAGAAGCAGCUCUGGUGGCAUUUAUUGCAAUUGAUCAUCAUUGGGAAAAGGAUCUUCCAUCUGACCCAACUGGAGAACUUGAUAGCAUCCGUUCUUUCAUUGAAGAUAAUAUUGGUAUAUGUAAAUGGAUUGGCAUAACAGUGGUCAUAAUUCAGGCACUUGCUCUACUACUAGCAAUGGUUCUUAGAGCCAUGGUUUCCACUCAAAGAACCAAUUUUGAUGAAGAGGAUGAUUAUGAAAAUGCAAGGGGUAGAACUUGGGAACCGCUCCUGAAUUCUCAAUCAAACCAAACAUCUGGUUCAACUCACUCUGACAUCUGGAGCUCACGGAUAAGAGAAAAGUAUGGAUUGAACAGUGGAGAUAAAUAUUCUUUAGUAAAUAACGCAUCAGGAAGCAUGAAAUCCAAGUAAUGAAUCAUAUAAAGUUCUCCAUCUCACAGAGCGUAGAAAAGCCGAGCAGUAUGCCUUGCAAGCCAUGUAAUGGUUCUGGAGUAUAAACCUGCUCCUAAUUUUUUGUUUUUUCUGUAUUCUAUUUCUUGAGAAGUUGUUAUGUAUAUAGGCUUUCAAUGUGUUGACUGAGUGAGCAAAUCCUGAUCAAAUGUGAAGUUACUCUGUAAACAAGCAAAGCUACUACCAUUGUAUAAUAUCGGUGUUCUGAUGUGUUUCCAAACGAGUUAUUAGGGAUUUUUUUUUUUUCUCUGAAGUGCAUGCCUUGGUAAUUGAUUUGCAACUUUUCUGUAAUCUCUGCGAACAAAUCUUCAAGUAAAAUCUUAAUCUUCUGUGUAA